GUACAUGGGGGAAAAAAAGAAGAGAUUGAUUUGUGCUGUCACUCUUUUUACAGUUCUUUCCGUCCAGAACUACAGCUUCGAGUGCUUGAUAUCCUUCCCUCUCUGUCACUCAUUCACCUUCUUCAAGCAACAAUGAGGCUUGCCUUGGUUACCAUCGUCAUGACGAUGCUCCUCCUUGAGGAGAUCAAAGCGGACAUUCAGCCACAGAAGAAUUUUGACGAACAAAGGUUUGCAGGAAAGUGGUAUCGGGUGGGCCUGGCAUAUGAUUCCCCCGGCUUUGUUCCAUACAGAGACAAGUUGAGAAUCUCCAUGGGGGUAGUAGAGCCCCAGUCCAAUGGAAACAUCAGCAUGACCAUGUGGAGCAUAAGGUCCACUGGCUGUAGAAGCAAAGUCUACGUAUAUGAGAAGACUGCCACUCCUGGUGUGUUUUCGUACUUCAGUGUGCGACAUAACAAGGUGAAGGACAUCACAGUGGUGGAGACCAACUACUCUGAGUAUGCAAUCGUCCUGAAAUUCAAGAAGAUGAACAGGGAUUAUUCACAAGUGUCCCUCUAUAGUCGUACCCAGAAGCUGAGGCCUGAGGUGAUUGAGAAGUUCAAGGCCUUUGCUCUGGCUCGUGGAUUCCCCAAGGAGUCCGUUCUUACCCCGCCGCCAUCAUCAGAAAGCUGUCCAUCCUCCGAGAACUAGGUGAGUUUGGAACACACUGUCAUGAACAACCCUGUGGUUGCUGUAUUCUGAAACCUCUUUUUUUUUUUGGAUCCUCGCAGCUGCAUAAACCUUUUCUUUCAGAAAGUCAACAUCAACGCAGUCCUCUUCUGCCAGAAGCAUCGUCAAAUCAUCAUCAUCAUUCUCACACUUCCAUACAUCAACACAGUGACCACAGCUCAUAAUACUGCAUCAGUGUAUAUCGCUGUACUGUAUUUCUAUAGCAUUAAGGCAUCAGUUCUCACUGUUGUCACUUUGGAUGCAGAGCCAUAUCUGCCUUGUUCACAAACUAUGUUCAUGUCUGUUUUGCUUUUAUUGUGAGAGAUUGACCAUGGAGUCAGAAACAUUAUUGACUUCCAGAUCCUGCUACAUUGUCAAAUAAAUGUAUGAGAAACCAA